AUUAAACCUGAUCAUCAUGUGUUCAGUGGAGAGACGGUCACUCUCAGAUGUGACAUUGAUACUGAAGGAGUCUCUAGCUGGAUGUACAACUGGUUUAAAGAAGGUUCAUUCAUAGAUUCCAGUAAACUACAGGAACACACUAUCGAUUUUGUCACUGAGUCUGAAGCAGGGAAAUACUCCUGUAAUAUAACAGAGACUGACGGAUCAGGCAUUUCACGAAAGAGUGAUGAAGUCACACUGACAGUAUGGGAUUCCACACCAGUGUUAAGUGUUUCUCCUCAGACGUGGUUGACUGAAGGAGAUCCAGUGACUCUGAACUGUGAGGUUAACGGCUCUUCUACAGGCUGGACAUUCAGCUGGUCCACUGAAACUCUCUUAUCAGACAGGAGUGUUCACUAUGAGCCGCUCUCAGACAGCAGAAGAGGAGCUGGAGGAAAAUACACUAUCAGUUCUGUUGCUGUAAAUCACACAGGAGUUUAUGUGUGUGGAGCAGAGAGAGGAAAAUCAGUCUUUACAACAUUUUACAGCAACAGACAACCACUGUGGGUCACUGGUGUUUCUCCUCCAGUGUCUCUGAUCAUCAGUCCCAGCAGAACUCAACACUUCACAUCCGACUCUCUCUCUCUGAGCUGUGAGGACCAGAGUAACUCUGAUGGAUGGACAGUGAGGAGAUUCAGAGACAAUUGGUGGCCUGCAGAUUGUUCAUCAUUUCCCUGGGGAUCACAAACAGGAUCUACAUGUACAAUCAGCUCCACCACCACAUCAUACACUGGAGUUUACUGGUGUCAGUCUAAAUCUGGAGAGAAAUAUCAUCCUGUUAAUAUCACUGUACACUCUGGUGUGAUUCUGGAGAGUCCUGUUCAUCCUGUGACUGAAGGAGAUAAUCUGACUCUACGCUGUUUAUAUAAUCAUACAUCCCCAUCAAACCUCAGAUCUGAUUUCUAUAAAGAUGAAUCACUCGUCCAGAGUCAAACUAUAGAGAUGAUCAUCCCGACUGUCUCAAAGUCACAUGAGGGUUUCUACUACUGCAAACACCCGGAAGGAGAGUCUCUCAAGAGCUGGAUCUCAGUCAGAGUGCUGAUUUCAAUCAUCCACUCUGGACACACUGAAGAAAUACCAAAACCCAGAGUGACCAUUAAACCUGAUCAACAUGUGUUCAGAGGAGAGACGGUCACUCUCAGAUGUGACAUUGAUGUUAAAGCAGUCUCUAGCUGGAAGUACAACUGGUUUAAAGAAGGUUCAUCAAUAGAUUCCAGUAAACUACAGGAACACACUUUCAGUUUUGUUACUAAGUCUGACGCAGGGAAAUACUCCUGUAAUAUAACAGAGACUGACGGAUCAGGCAUUUCACGACUGAGUGAUGAAGUCACACUGACAGUAUGGGAUUCCACAACAGUGUUAAGUGUUUCUCCUCAGUCGUGGUUGACUGAAGGAGAUCCAGUGACUCUGAACUGUGAGGUUAACGGCUCUUCUACAGGCUGGACAUUCAGCUGGUUCACUGUAACUCUCAUAUCAGACACGAUUGUUCGCAAUGAUCAGCUCUCAGACAGCAGAAGAGGAGCUGGAGGAAAAUACACUGUCAGUUCUGUUGCUGUAAAUCACACAGGAGUUUAUGUGUGUGGAGCAAAGAGAGGAAAAUCAGCCAAUACAACAUUUUACAGCAAAAGACAACCACUGUGGGUCACUGGUGUUUCUCCUCCAGUGUCUCUGAUCAUCAGUCCCAGCAGAACUCAACACUUCACAUCCGACUCUCUCUCUCUGAGCUGUGAGGACCAGAGUAACUCUGAUGGAUGGACAGUGAGGAGAUACACAGAGAGUUUAGGGCUAAGAGAUUGUUCAUUAUCAGGAUGGGGAUCACAAACAGGUACAAUCAGCUACACCAGCACAUCAGACACUGGAGUUUACUGGUGUCAGUCUAAAUCUGGAGAGAAAUAUCAUCCUGUUAAUAUCACUGUACACUCUGGUGUGAUUCUGGAGAGUCCUGUUCAUCCUGUGACUGAAGGAGAUAAUCUGACUCUACGCUGUUUAUAUAAUCAUACAUCCCCAUCAAUCCUCAGAUCUGAUUUCUAUAAAGAUGAAUCACUCGCCCAGAGUCAAACUAUAGAGAUGAUCAUCCCGACUGUCUCAAAGUCACAUGAGGGUUUCUACUACUGCAAACACCCGAGAGGAGAGUCGCUCAAGAGCUGGAUCUCAGUCAGAGUGCUGAUUUCAAUCAUCCACUCUGGACACACUGAAGAUUUUCCCAAACCGACUCUGACUGUUGAGCCACAGAGUUCAGUGAUCACUGGAGACAAAGUUUUUCUGACAUGUUCACUGGAUCAGACACUGGGUGGAUGGGAGUUUCUCUGGAGUAAAGACUCAAACACUGAAAUUACUGAUGCUGCAAUUAAAGCAAUCGAUCGUGUGCAAAUCUCUGAUGGAGGACAGUACAGAUGCAGAGCACGAAGAGGAGGACGUUACACAGAUUACAGUGAACCAGUAACAGUGACAAUACAUGAAAGACCAAAACCCAGAGUGACCAUUAAACCUGAUCAACAUGUGUUCAGAGGAGAGAUGGUCACUCUCAGAUGUGACAUUGAUGCUGUUGCAGUCUCUAGCUGGAUGUACUACUGGUAUAAAGAAGAUUCAUUCAUGGUUUCCAGUAAACUACAGGAACACACUAUCGAUUCUGUCACUGAGUCUGUCGCAGGGAAAUACUCCUGUUAUAUAACGGAGACUGACGGAUCAGGCAUUUCACGAAAGAGUGAUGAAGUCACACUGACAGUAUCGGAUAAAGCCCGGCCAGUGUUAAGUGUUUCUCCUCAGUCGUGGUUGACUGAAGGAGAUCCAGUGACUCUGAACUGUGAGAUUAACGGCUCUUCUACAGGCUGGACAUUCAGCUGGUUCACUGUAACUCUCUUAUCAGGCAGGAGUUUUGACUAUGAUCCGCUCUCAGACAGCAGAAGAGGAGCUGGAGGAAAAUACACUGUCAGUUCUGUUGCUCUAAAUCACACAGGAGUUUAUAUGUGCAGUGCAGAGAGAGGAAAACCAGCCUAUACAACAUGGCUCAGCAACACACAACCACUGUGGGUCACUGGUGUUUCUCCUCCAGUGUCUCUGAUCAUCAGUCCCAGCAGAACUCAACACUUCACAUCCGACUCUCUCUCUCUGAGCUGUGAGGACCAGAGUAACUCCGAUGGAUGGACAGUGAGAAGAUACAGAGACACUUGGUGGCUGGAAGAUUGUUCAUUAUUUCCCAGGGGAUUACAAACAGGAUCUACAUGUACAAUCAGCUCCACCAGCACAUCAGACACUGGAGUUUACUGGUGUCAGUCUAAAUCUGGAGAGAAAUAUCAUCCUGUUAAUAUCACUGUACACUCUGGUGUGAUUCUGGAGAGUCCUGUUCAUCCUGUGACUGAAGGAGAUAAUCUGACUCUACGCUGUUUAUAUAAUCGUACAUCCCCAUCAAACCUCAGAUCUGAUUUCUAUAAAGAUGAAUCACUCGUCCAGAGUCAAACUAUAGAGAUGAUCAUCCCGACUGUCUCAAAGUCACAUCAGGGUUUCUACUACUGCAAACACCCGAGAGGAGAGUCGCUCAAGAGCUGGAUCUCAGUCAGAGCCUCAGGAUCUGGUGGUCUCAAUCCUGUGAUAAUUGGAGUGAUUGCAGGACUGACUGUUGCAGUUUUGAUCAUUGUCUUCUUGGUCCUGCUUUGGCGCUGCAGAAACAACAAAGGUGUAAGAUCUGAGUCUCGCUCUACUGUCAGUCAACAGCAGAACAUCAGUCAGACAUCAGAGCAGAACCAGAGUGAAGCCGGAUACAACACACUGUCUGAUGAUGUAAGUGGGCCGACUGAGAUCACAUAUGCUGAAAUUGAACUCAAAUCUACAAAGAAAAAGAAGAAAAAGAAAGAGAACAAAGGCAAUAACAGUGAGAGCGGUGACAUUUACUCACAACUGAAGCUGUAAACAGAUCAAGGUGCUGGAUGUAGUGAUGUAAGAAAUGCCCGGAGGAUGAGGAGAGUUUACUGUAGGUUGAGAAGUGAAAGGCCAGGAUCAUCAGGGCAAUAUUUACCAGAACUUAAACCUCCAUGUGCUUCAGAGACUAUGCAUGUUAAUCUCUGAAAAGCAAUGAGAUCAUUAUUCAUUAGAAAAAUACAUUAUUUUUUUGUACUGCACAGUGUGAGUUUUCAUAUAUGUAUAUUAGUUUAACAUUUGACAACUGAGAUAGCAGAAUAUUAGUUUAAGGCAGUUCUUUUUUUCUGACUUUUGAGUAAUUUCUUUUUUUCUUUUCGGUCUUCUUGAUUUUAAAUGUAUUUGUACAGGUUCCCAUGGAUAUGGAAAUAUCACCAAAUGUUACAAUUGUGAUUUCCAGGUCUGGGAAAGUUGUCUUUAAAUUAGAUAUUUAGUGAAACUAUUUUUUUUCUUUUCUAGCUAUAAUGCUUAAAAUAUUCUAGAAAUAACUUAAACCGUCACAAGGUUAUAGCUUGCUUGUUUGUCUUGGGCUAUUUAUGUUUUCAAAAAAAAAAAAAAAA